AUGUCUACACGCAAAAAAAAUCCUGAGUAUGAACACAUGAAAGCCAAGGCACCAGGCAUUUUGGCUGAAAUGGCAAACAUGCUUGUCGCUUGGCGGAAAAUGGGCUUCCACGUACCACGAGGGGUGAGGAACGUCUUUGAGUUUUCAUGGGAAGAACUCUCCAUGCCCUUGCCAAGGAAAUCUUUCAGUGGUAUAUAUUGUCCCGUUGUCAAAUUCUCUCAGCUUGAAGACUCCUUCAUUACUCCUCCAAAAGUUCAAAAGCCUGGCAUCACAAUAUCAGGGCUAAAGCCAACCUAUGUGACCCCAUCAACUGAUGAUCAACAACAGAUGCUCCUCAGAUUCCAGCAACGGUCUGUACAUCUGCUGUCUGAACUCCUCAAGAUGAAGAUGAAAAUAAUGAUUGAUGCAGUUGCUGGUCCUAGUGCAGAAGAGAUUGCCAGGCGGUUUCUGGAAGGGGGCUUGAAGCUAAACCCUAAAUCCCAGGAAGAAGCUGCUGACCUCAUGACCAAAGAUUCCAAGAGGAAGGGUGGGCGUGCUUUGGUGCCAGUGGUGCCGGCAAUUCCAAUUACCUCGACCACACAGCUGAUCCAGCAAAUGUCUUUUUCCUGCCUCUGUUUCUCAUUGGCACUGAAAGACAGCAGGCAGAGCAAAGGCUCCGGGCUUGGCUGUUCAACAAAACGUAGAGCUAGUGAAGAUGUCGAGGGAAUGCUGGACCCCUGUCCACAGGCCAGGGAGAAACUCAGAGAAAUUUGCCGACAUAUAGAGCAGGAGAAGGCUAUCUACAAAGCAAAAGGCCACACAAAGGCCUUAACGCUGAGACAUUACCCGAUUCUCACCAAAACACCAUCUGGAAGCUUGAAAAAAGGUGCAUCAUCUACAGUGCUCCCAGAAGCUAAGCAGCGCAAGAAGUCGAAGAAGUUCCACUAUGGCUUUCCUGAUGGGACAUCAUUUAUCUUUUAUCCAUCAGGAAAUAUUGCGAUAUACCAGUUUCCCGUAUGCUGCACAGAAAAGACAAUCACCCUUCUGUAUCACGAUGCUCGACGUUCGGCUCUUCUUGGUACAUUUAUGUCCUAUGGCCAAUCAUGUGUACACUACGCGGGUAAAACCAGUUGCUCAUUGGCGCUCUUGAUGACUCAAGAAGGAGGAACAGUUAGAGACCAGAAUGGUGUUUUGACCCACCAGUGGAGCUGGCGUUCGAAGCAACAAGUUCUGCAGUCAUUAGACUUUCAGAUAAAUGAACAGAUAAAACUAAAGGUUCUUGGCCUACAUUCCAUGGCCCUUAGUUUCACUUCUUACGGUGAAACCAUCACUCUCUCUUUAACAAGUGCUGGAUGUCUGCAUGAAUCCAAGGCUGAGAAGCGGAUAUUUUCAAAGACCAGUGAAACUGAGGAAGAUGAUCAGUGGACCAGAAUCUUAGUUGACAGCAAGAGGAGGUUUGAGAGGAUUGUGAAACAAUUUGUCAAUGCUGUUUUGCUGACUGCAGGUAUAUGUUGCAUAGAUUAUCCACUUGGAGAAAGUUCAAAGCAAGCGAAGUUUAAGACGAACAAACCAUCAUUAGCUCAUGCCUGGGAGUGGAAAUUGCGAGAAGAAAGUAUUGCAGUUUCAGAAGCUGAGGGGAAACCAAGAGCCAAAAUGCCCGUGAUGAGAAGCCCUAUCAGUUACAAAUUCAUCACAGAAAAACCAAAAGUUCCCUCACGGGACAAAGCAGAAGCAGAUGGAGAAACAAAACUUGCAGGUACCUGGGCAACAUCUCCCGCAGACUGUCCGAUUGUGCUACGCCACAUAAUGGCCAAGGAGGAUGAAGUUCUAGGCUGCAAGUGUGUUGUGAAAAUCCCAUCAAUUACAGACUUGGAACUUGAAAAGUUUAUAGCGGCCCCGAGAGAGCCUCAUCAGAUCCUUGUGAUAUGUGUGUUGUCAUCCAAAAACCAGUCCUAUUCUCCGUUCUUCGAGUGGUCUUUAGAAAAGAUGUAUAUAGAGAUGCAACAUGGCCGCCCCUCCCCUUGUGUUCAGUGCAAACAUGAUCCCUACCGGUUGCUGAAAUAUGACCUAGACAACCCAAUGAACAAGAAGCCUCCUCUUCUUAUCCAGAAGCAUGAUGUCGUUCCAGGAAUGGUAGUGAUGUACUCUGGAGGGAAACCAAUCUUUGGCGGCUGUGUUUUCAACGGAUACAGCUACAGCAAGAAGGACUUUCUGAAGCAGGUCAAUCAAGCUCACCUCGACUGCCAGAUGGGUCACUUCCUGCCUCAGAAUUUCAAAUUUAGCUGCUCAGGCUGGUUGGGUGUGGGCACUCGCAAAGUGCACUCUACAGUCGCCAAACCAAGUUUUCAACAUUUUGCUGCACAGAGAGCAUCUUUUAGAAAAACCCUUGUAGAGUGCGGGCCGCCGCUCCUAGUGACAUGGACACUACUGUCCAAUCAGGCCACAGCAGGGCUCCAGCCAAUCAGAAAAGAGAUCCGCAUUUCUGAUGCCGCGGAAGACAGUGAAGCUUUCAGAAGGCACAAGCGGGUCAAGCAAGACCGGAUCAAGGAGUCUUUUGGUGAUGGAGAGCUUUUGGACGAUGCGAUGAAAAAGGAGGGGGAGAGGCCAAAGCACGCCUCCAGUGCAAGAAAGAAAUCAAAGAAACAAGAGAACUGA